AUGCUAUUUGAAUAUUACAAUAGAUUAAUAUUUAAAGUUCUAAAGAGAGAACCACAUGAAGAGAUUCCAUUUUCAGCUAUCAAAGAUGUCACACAUUAUAUUAACAAAGAAGAUUUGGAUUUACUUUGUAUGUUUUGUGGAACUGAUAUUUGA